AACGCUCAGACGCCGUGAGGACCUGUCAUUGGUUUCUUCUGUUCCCUUCGGAACUUAAAGAAGUUCGUUGCGGCCCCUUCCCAGAUUCCUGCUUCCUCCUCCUGGACUGGGUAUUUCUUGCUGUGUUUCACCAGGGCUCUCCGCCUCCUCGGGCAGGGGGGUGGGAGGGAGUGAUAGGUGAACCAGCCCAGUCUGCAAGCCCCUGAGGAGCCCGGGAGCAAGAUGAGCGCCGACGGGACCUCCGAGGGUCCCCUGCCCCGGCUCUGCAACCUGGAGAAGGGCCCGAAUGGCUACGGCUUCCACCUCCACGGGGAGAAGGGCAAAGUGGGACAGUUUAUCCGGCUGGUGGAACCAGGCUCGCCGGCCGAAAAGGCGGGACUGCUGGCCGGGGACCGGCUAGUGGAGGUGAACGGCGAGAAUGUGGAGCAGGAGAGUCACCAGCAGGUGGUGAGCCGCAUCCGCGCCGCGCUCAACUCCGUGCGUCUGCUAGUGGUCGAUCCUGAGGCGGACGAGCGCCUGCAGAAGCUAGGCGUCCAGGUGCGGGAAGAGCUGCUGCGCGGCCAGCCUGGGGAGGUUCCGGCCGAGCCUACACCGAAGAGGGCCGUGGAAGAGUUGGCGGAUGCAAGCGAGAAGGGGCAGCCAGGAGCGGCCGGGGAGUCUGGGGAAAAGAAGAGUCUACAGGAACAGAGGGAGCUGAGGCCCCGACUUUGUGCUAUGAAAAAAGGUCCUAGUGGCUAUGGCUUCAAUCUGCACAGUGACAAGUCUAAACCUGGCCAGUACAUCCGUGCUGUGGAUCCCAACUCACCAGCUGAGGCCUCGGGGCUCCAGGCCCAGGAUCGCAUUGUGGAGGUGAAUGGGGUCUGUAUGGAAGGGAAACAGCACGGGGAUGUGGUAGCUGCCAUCAAGGCUGGAGGAGAGGAGACCAAGCUGCUGGUUGUGGACAAGGAAACUGAUGAAUUCUUCAAAAAGUGUAAAGUGAUACCGUCCCAGGAGCACCUGAAUGGUCCCUUGCCAGAGCCUGUUGCCAAUGGAGAAGUAGAGAAGGAGAGCAACAGUGCCAGUUGGUCUGAGGCAGUGUGUGAGUGCCCCAAACCAGCAUCGUCAAGAUCCACACUUAGUGACACCAGUGAUGAGGUGGAUUCUCAAGACAGUCCCAAGAAAAGAGAUUCCACUCCACCCUCUUCUACCUCCUCCUCCUCCGACCCCAUUUUGGACUUCAACAUCUCCCUGGCGGUGGCCAAAGAACGGGCUCACCAGAAACGCAGCAGCAAACGGGCACCACAGAUGGACUGGAGCAAGAAAAAUGAACUCUUUAGCAAUCUCUGAACAGCCUCCUUCCCCCCCCUUCCCCACCAAACUACCUUGGAGAGUGGGGAAAGGGUAUUGGGGCCUUCCUUCCAUUUCCUCUUCUCCACUCACCCCAAAUCAAAGUAUAAAUCAACACCAGCCUGAUUUUUCUAGAAACCUGUUCUUUCUUGAAGCCCAGAGAGCAUGUUUUCCUAUUCUGUCCUAAAUGAGAAAGGCACCUUCUCCCCAAAUCCUUCCUUCUUAGGGCCUAAGAAAGGUCUAUUUCUUGACAACAUUCUCCCCAUUCCCUGCCAGCUGGAAGACUGUGAGAUGAUUUAAUAGGAUAGAUUUUUUUUUUCAAUUAAUGAUUUCAUGCCAUCCUAACAUAACACUGUCCCAGAGCUUGGGAAUGACUGAAUGAAAAGCCCUAAAGACAGAAACCACAGCUUGGGGAUGGACAAGAGUCUUCUCCCUAAAAGCCACAAAUAGGGUGUUUGGGGGUUUUCUGGGGGAGGGUGGGUUGUGGGAGAAUGUUCUAGUGUCAAGUUUAGAAGGAAUUUUUUUGUGUGUUACGAUUAACAUGAUUCUUCCCAGUUCUUGGGUUGGAGGAA